GGAUACAGAGUCACCAAGAUCCAAAACAGGAACCAAGAGCUUUCGCCAGGAUGCUCAGUUAAUCUCUGGCAAAGUUCCUGUUGCUUCCCAGCUCUCUAAAUACCCCUCCCUGGCAGCUACAGGUGUUCCCUAUUGAGCUGGCGUCUAGCAUAAAUACGCAAAGACCUGCGCCGGGCUUCCUUUUCUGCCCUAUGCUGCCUAAACAACUAUGCAGCCCCUAACCAUGUGGCUCUACCUGGCUGCCCUCUUGGGGCUUUACUUCCUUUACCGAUGGUACCGGGAGAGGCAGACCGUGGAGAACCUCAGAGAGAAAUAUGUCUUCAUCACCGGCUGUGAUUCUGGCUUUGGGAACAAGCUGGCCAGACAGCUGGAUGCCCGGGGCCUGCGUGUGUUGGCGGCCUGUCUCACUCAGAAGGGGGCAGAACAGCUGGAGAAGGCCACAUCAGAGAGGCUGAAAGCCACCAUUCUGGACGUCACCAGCACAGAGAGUGUUGCAGCAGCGACCAAAUGGGUGAAAUCGUGCAUAGGGAACGAAGGGCUCUGGGGCUUGGUAGACAAUGCAGGCAUAGGUGUCCCAUCUGGUCCCAAUGAAUGGAUGACCAAGGAUGACUUUGCAAAGGUGAUCAACGUCAAUCUACUUGGGCUGAUCGACGUGACACUGCACCUGCUGCCCCUGGUGAAACAAGCCAAAGGGAGGGUGGUCAAUAUAUCCAGUGUGUUGGGAAGAGUGGUGUUCUAUGGAGGAGGAUACUGCCCGUCCAAGUUUGGAGUGGAGGCCUUCUCUGACAGUCUGAGGCGUGAGCUCCUCCCUUUCGGAGUCAAACUCAGCAUUGUUGAGCCUGGUGGUUUCUGUAAUCCCAUUAUGCUAAAUUUUGAAGAGAAUUUCAGCAUUCUGUGGCACCAGACAUCUUCUGACAUCAGAGAGUCCUAUGGGCAACAGUACUUUGAAAAGCUUUGCAAAAUGCAUCAAUACGGCAUCAUGAUAGCCAGCAAAAACCUCCACCUGGUCACUGCCUGCAUGGAACAUGCCCUGCUGUCCCGCUACCCUCGCACUCGCUACUCUCCAGGCUGGGACGCAAAGCUCUUCUUCAUUCCUUUCUCCUACUUGCCAACCUGUGUGCAAGACUUCUUGUUGAGCUUGGCUUGGCCAAAGCCAGCACAGGCAACAUCACACCAAAGGCGCAGUUCCUCUUCAUGCGCAAGGGUUUUGCACAGGUGUGGGGGAAACACACCGAAAAGAGUGGCUGGAAGUUCUCGUCAUGAGCCCUUUCAUCAUCGCACACAAUGACAAACGGCAACACUUGCACCAAAAUAGAGUUU